AUGCAUCUCAUCUGGGAGAAUCUCCUCCCGAAUCUUAUCAAGCUCUGGACGGGCAAGUUCAAGGACCUCGAUCAUGCAGACGAGCCAUAUGUCCUCACGCCCACAGUCUGGGAGGCAAUUGGCACCGCGUCUGCUGCCGCAGGCAGUACGAUGCCUAGCGCCUUCGGUUCGCGUGUGCCUAACCCUGCAGAUGGAUCAAUCAAGCUCACCGCUGAAACGACGGCGCUCUGGACGCUGUACAUCGCGCCGACCUUGCUCCUGAAUCGAUUCAAGAAUGCGAAGUUUUACAAGCACUUCGUUUUGCUUGUCAAACUGCUGAACCUCUGCAUGCAGUUUGAGAUCACUGACAGUCAAAUCGACGAGCUCCGGAAAGGCUUUCGUGACUGGGUGGUGGAAUACGAGAUAUUAUACUACCGGCACGAUCCCGCCCGUCUCGCACUAUGUCCGCUCACAAUACAUGCUUUGCUUCACAUCGCAGAUAGCAUUGCUGCGAUUGGACCUGUCUGGACAGCGUGGGCGUUUCCGAUGGAACGGUACUGUGGACAGCUUCUUCGGGGCAUUCGGAGCCGUCGGUUUCCCUACGCCAGUCUCGACAACUACAUCCUAGAGCGCUCACAACUGAAGCAUAUCAAGUUGCUCUAUGACCUAUACGAAGAGCUACGACUACGAGCUCCUGCUACUGGUAUUGGGCAUGUAUUACUCCCUGAAUAUCCCCUGUUUGUCUUCAUGCCUCCGCAAAGUCGGCACGAGAGGCUUCCAAACGAAAUUCACACGAAGAUCAUAGCAUGGCUGGUGGAAGAGUUUGGUGUGCGGCCGAGCACUGCACAGAAGCUUGUCCGCACGGCGCGCUUCACACAAUAUGGCAAAGUUCGUCGGCUCGAGGGUGGCGAUACAAUCUCGGCAAGCAAUCUUGUGAGACGGCAGGAGGACGGCCGUGACGCAACAUUUGUUCGUUAUGAUCGAUUUGUUGACAAGAACGCACGCUUCAAGAACAAGCCAGUCGAGAUGGAACGCCGAGACAAGUUCGGGCAGCUUCUGCGCGUGGUCAUCGUGCCGAUCACCGCUGAGAUGGACGUGCACCUUCACGUUGAUGGUGGACCGCGGACAUAUGCCCUCGCUGUUAUCAGGAGCGUGAAGAUCGAGAAACGACAUUCACUCGGUAUGUCAUACUAUUCGCAGAUGGGUCCGGUGGAUGUGGUCGAUCUCGAUGCUGUGCGAUUCGUAGUCGGACGUGUGUACGAUCCUAGUCAACGGCUGUGGGCAAUUGUCGACCGAAGUGAUAUCCUGACAUCUACACAAGUACAAUAA